AUGCGUGUAGAGUUGGCACUGGAAGCAGCUUUGCGCAGGUGGGAACAAAAUGACUUGGGCAUUAGCAGCUGGCACGAGGAGGUGGGGACGAGGCCAGUGUCGCCCGAGCCAGCUCUCCAUCUGACAGCACAAGAUCGUCCGAUAGGUUCCCAUAAGAGAAAGACAGCUCUGCCUCCUACUAUCUCUGCCUGCACCCCACCGCUUCACAAGCUUUGUACUGAAAACUAUUCCUUUGAUUCCAACUAUGUGAACAGCAGAGCCCAUUUAAUAAAAAGCAGUUCAACAUUCAAGGACCUGGAGGGGAACAGCCUGAAAGACAGCGGGCAUGAAGAGAGCGACCAGACAGACAGUGAACAUGAUGUCCAGCGUGGCCUGUACUGUGACACGGCUGUGAACGAUGUUUUGAACACUAGCGUCACUUCCAUGGGGUCUCAAAUGCCUGAACAAGAGCAGAGUGAAGGAUUCCACUGCAGAGAAGAGUGCCGGAUCCUCGGCCAUUCCGACCGAUGCUGGAUGCCUCGGAACCCUGUCCCCAGCCGAGCGAAAUCCCCCGAGCACGGAAGGAAUGUCAUGUCUCUCUCUAUAGAAGCCAGCACUGUGGAUACAGAGCUUUAUGAAGACUGUAGCACAAAGAGAACUUUUGCAACAUUUGGCAAAGAUGGUAGCGAGCCUGUCCCCGAGGAGCCCAGGGGCCCGGUCAACUUGAAAGGCAAAAGAACUGUGGAUCCUCCCAUCUGCAGCCCGAAGGUCAACGGUGCAGUCCGAGAGGCAGGGAAUGGCUGUGAGGCCAUCAGCCCUGUCACGUCGCCUGUUCAUCUGAAGAGCCCCUUGUCUAGCAAACCAUCAGUGUCCUACAACAUUAUGCACUGCCCGACAAAUCGCGACCUGGAGCCGUUUGUAAACAAUGGCCCUUCUCGGCCCAUGGAGGCAGAGCCGAGGGGCGCAGACAGUGAAAACAUAAUGCAUGAAAUUAACCCUCUUCUGCAAGAAUGUAGAGAGAAAGACUCGCCUGGAGUGAAGAGGCUAAAAGACAUAGUACUCUAAGCAACACCGGAGAGGAAGGGAAGCGAGACGACUGGACGUGUGUAUUGUUUUUAACAGCUUACUGACGGUUCACAAAUUUGCUGUAUUUAAAAGCUUUCCCUCAAUGUAUUGUUUAUAAAUGAAGCUAUCGUUAAUGUGACAAUCCCACUUGGUUCAACAGGCGGCAGGGGUGUUUGUCAAAGCAAACCGGGGCAGCUUCCGGGUUUCUGCGGCUAGGGAGUGGCAGGACAGCAGCAGUUCAGCGGAUGGGAAGUAUUAGCUAUGAAGUAUUUUGAAUUUAUAUUUUUGUAUUAAAAA